AGGCGCUCCCCGCGGCCCCUCCGCGCCCAGUCCUCCGCGUCUCCUUCUCCUCCUCCGUCCAUCUGCCCGUCCGCUCCGUCGGAGCCCGACCACCGCCGCCGCCGCCAUGGAAGCCAUCAAGAAGAAGAUGCAGAUGCUGAAGCUGGACAAGGAGAACGCCAUCGACCGGGCCGAGCAGGCCGAGGCCGACAAGAAGCAGGCCGAGGACCGGUGCAAGCAGCUGGAGGAGGAGCGGCAGGGCCUGGAGAAGAAGCUGAAGGGCACCGAGGACGAGGUGGAGAAGUACUCGGAGGCCGUCAAGGAGGCCCAGGAGAAGCUGGAGCUGGCCGAGAAGAAGGCCACCGAUGCAGAGUCCGAUGUGGCCUCCCUGAACCGGCGCAUCCAAUUGGUAGAAGAGGAGUUGGACCGGGCCCAGGAGCGCCUGGCCACCGCUUUGCAGAAGCUGGAGGAGACCGAGAAGCUGGUGGAUGAGAGCGAGAGAGGCUUGAAGGUCAUCGAGAACCGAGCCAUGAAGGACGGGGAGAAGAUGCGGGACCAGGAUAUGCAGCUGAAGGACGCCAAGCACGUGGCAGAGGACUCCGACCGCAAAUACGAGGAGGUGGCUAAGAAGCUGGUCAUCCUGGAGGGAGAUCUGGAGCGCUCUGAGGAGCGGGCAGAGGUGGCUGAGAGCAAAUGUGCAGACUUUGAGGAAGAGCUGAAAAUUGUCACCAACAACCUCAAGUCCCUGGAGGCCCAGGCCGACAAGUACUCCACCAAGGAGGACAAAUACGAGGAGGAGAUCCAUCUGCUGACAGAGAAGCUCAAGGAGGCCGAGUCCCGAGUGGAGUUUUCUGAGAAGUCAGUGGCGAAGUUGGAGAAAACCAUUGACGAACUGGAAGACGAGGUCUAUGCUCAGAAGAUGAAGUACAAAGCCAUCAGCGAGGAGCUGGACAACGCCUUGAACGACAUCACCUCCCUUUGAGACCCCUCCUCACUUUGCCGGACCCUCACCUCCGCCUCUCUGUCCGUCUGUCUGUCUGUCCAUCCGUCCUUCCUUCCUUGGAUGCUUCUGCUGCUGCACCAACUCCCUUGUCUCCCCCUCCUCCGGCCACAAAAGACCCCCCAAGGGCCUUGCUCUGUCUGUUUCUCUCUCGUGUUGGGGAGGCCUUGUCUUACUCAUGAUCUUAAUGGGGAGGGGGGUCCUGGAUCUCCCUCCUCCCUCUCUCCCACUCUGUGUCUACAGUCCAGUUGGGGAGGCCUUGUCUUAAUGGGGUGGGGGGUCCUGGAUCUCCCUCUCCCCCACUCUGAACCUUCAGUCGAGUAGAGGAGGUCUUCUCUUACCCUGGAUCUUAAUUUGGGGGGGGGGGGGUCCUGGAUCUCCCUCUCCCCCACUCUGAACCUUCAGUCCAGUUGGAAAGGCCUUGUCUUAAUGGGGUGGGGGGUCCUGGAUCUCCCUCUCCCCCACUCUGAACCUUCAGUUGAGUAGAGGAGGUCUUCUCUUACCCUGGAUCUUAAUUUGGGGGGGGGGGGUCCUGGAUCUCCCUCUCCCCCACUCUGAACCUUCAGUCCAGUUGGAAAGGCCUUGUCUUAAUGGGGUGGGGGGUCCUGGAUCUCCCUCUCCCCCACUCUGAACCUUCAGUCCAGUUGGAAAGGCCUUGUCUUAAUGGGGGGGGGGUCCUAGAUCCCCCUCCUCCCUCUCCCCCACUUUGUGCCUUUGGUGGAGUUGGGGAGGCCUUGCCUUACCCAGGAUCUUAAUUUGGGGAGGGGGGUCCUGGAUCUCCCUCCUCCCUCUCCCAUACUCUGUGUCUACAGUCCAGUUGGGGAGGCCUUGUCUUAAUGGGGGGGGGGGGUUCCUGGAUCUCCCUCUCCCCCACUCUGAACCUUCAGUCCAGUUGGAAAGGCCUUGUCUUAAUGGGGGGGGGGGGGGUCCUAGAUCCCUAGAUCAAAGAAAUGCAUUCUUGAUGGAAAAGGUCUUGGGGUGAUCUAGCUUCCUAAGUCUCAUCUUCUAAAGGAGGUAAAAGGCAGAAACCAAAAACAAAACAUGCAUAGGAAUGUGGAGAAAGGAAUCCCUCAGCUUGGCCCUGUUUCUAGCCUAGCUACUCGUUGAGGACUGGAAACUUGGUGACACAAGAGACUUGUGUAGUUCAGGAAUGGAACCCAACACUUACUCAGAGUCUUAAUUUAUUUAUUUACCGUACUUAUACCUGCCCCCUGAAGGGGGGACUCUUAAUUUGGGGGGAGGGGGGUUCUGGAUCUCCCUCCUUCCUCUCCCCUCUCUGUGCCUUCGGUGCCUUUGCAAAUUGGGUUGGGGGCCUGGGGUUACGUGGGCUGCUCCUUGCAAUUGAAGGGGGAAUUGUGGGGAGAGGGAGCAACAGCCCAGCUUAGACUCCGCCCCCGCUGUGCCCCCUCCCCACUCUGCCUGUCUGUCCUUCUGUCCAUCCGUCUGUCCGUCUACAGAGCAUCUCAUGACUGUUUCUCUCUUCAGACUCUGGUUCAAUAAACGGUCUUUGCAAA